AUGAGGGAGGCAGGAGAAGAAAGAGAAAGAUUGACCAGAGACCUCAUCUAGCAGGCACCCUUCCUUACUCAGUCACUCUCUUGUCUCCCGGUCUGGGACGUGUAGGACAGCUGUGUCUGUAGCUUUCUAUCAGACAUGAUGCAUCGCAUCUUCCUCAUCUGCUUGAGUUCUCUGCUCCUCCUCCUCUUCCUCUCCUCCUCCGCGCUUUCGGAACCCCGCCGAUGGUCGUCAUCCUCACCACGCAGCAGGACCGCGCGCGCUCCGGUUUCCAAGGUGCGCCUGGCGGGAAACUUCGCCCGGGGACUGAACGAGGGUCGCGUGGAAGUGCUUCACAACAGCACGUGGGGGACGGUGUGUGAUGACGAAGUGGAUAUCAAACUAGCCAAAGUCGUCUGCCGCGAGCUGGGCUUUCAGACCGGCAUCACGUGGGCGCACAGUGCCAAAUAUGGAGAGGGUGAUGGUCCUAUCUGGAUGGACAACGUGCGUUGUGACGGCACAGAGAAGACUGUGAAAGACUGUAAACAUAAUGGCUGGGGUGUCAAUGAUUGCAAGCACUCUGAGGACCUUGGCGUGGUCUGCAGUCCGGAGCGACGACUGGACCAGGUCACGGGGUCACGUAAUGGUCAGUCAGUGGCCCUGCGUCCGGAUGUCAGCGUCUCGCCCCAGUGGCAAAGCAUCCUGGCCAGCCGCAGUAACCCCCGACAGGCCCAUCAUGGGAACGGACACCCUCCAGAGAGGCCCAGCCAGAGACAGCACCACUACAACCCGUAUUCCAGCAAGGUGCGUAUCCAGGAGGUGCGUCUGCGGCCCAUCCUGAUGCACACUAAGAAGCGGGCCCUGAUCACUGAGGGCGUGGUGGAAGUGAAGCAUGCUGGGAGAUGGAGGCAGGUGUGUGACCUGGGCUGGAACCUCAACAGCAGCAGAGUGGUGUGUGGAAUGCUGGGAUUCCCUGAGGCAGAACUACACAACGAAAGAACAUACAAGAAAAUCUGGGACACCAAGCUUGCUGAUCCAUCCACAAAGCUGAGCCUCAUGGCUAGUAAGAAAAGUUACUGGGUAGAGAAGGUUCACUGCCUGGGAUCAGAGACUAGCCUAUCAGAGUGUCACACUAAGCUGUCCAUCCCACUUAGUCCCUCCCCCUGUAAGAGUGGGAGACACGCCGUGGCGAGGUGUGUACUGGGACCACAGUUUGCGCUCAUGUCAUCUGGAAGACCCCAAGCACCCCACCCAAUUGUACCGGUGCGUCUGAAGGCUGGCCCCAGGCUGGGCGAGGGCCGUGUGGAGGUGUUGAAGGAGGGGAAGUGGGGUACCAUCGUAGACCACCUUUGGGACCUCAACUCAGCCAGCGUGGUGUGCAGGGAGCUGGGCUUCGGAACUGCCAAGGAGGCCCUCACUGGAGCUCACAUGGGACAAGGUACUGGUCCUAUCCAUAUUAACAGUGUCCAGUGUUUGGGGACAGAGAAGUCUAUCCUAGAAUGUAACUUCCAGGAUGCCCCUCUAUGGACGUUCAAACACACCCAGGACGCCUCAGUACGCUGCAACGUCCCCGAGCUUGGCCUGGACAGCAUGGUGCGGUUGGCGGGAGGCAGGGAGCCAGGUGAGGGCCGUGUGGAGGUACUGAUGGAUGUAGGGGGUCGUAAGAGAUGGGGGUCAGUCUGCAGUGAGAACUGGGGGAUCAACGAAGCCAUGGUGGUCUGUCGACAGCUGGGUCUGGGAUUCGCAUCCCGAGCACACCAGGAGACAUGGUAUUGGGCUGGGGAUCCUAACGCAGCAGAGUUGGUGUUGAGUGGAACCCACUGUGUCGGAAAUGAGCUGUCAAUCCAACAGUGUCGCCGUAACAACCACAUCCACUGUCCCCGGGGUGGCGGAACUAAGGCUGCAGGGGUCACCUGUUCAGAGACUGCCCCUGACCUGGUACUAGAUUCCCAACUGGUUCAGGAGACGGCCUACCUGGAGGACCGACCCCUACACCUGCUGACCUGUGCCAACGAGGAGAACUGUCUGUCGUCUUCCGCUGCUAGAAUGAACUGGCCCUAUGGACACCGCCGCCUGCUACGAUUCUCCUCCAGGAUCAUGAACAUGGGACGGGCCGACUUCAGACCUAGGGCUACCAGGGAGUCUUGGACCUGGCAUGCGUGUCACAGGCACUACCACAGCAUUGAGGUGUUCACCCACUAUGACCUGCUGACUCUGAAUGGGACCAGGAUAGCAGAGGGACACAAGGCCAGCUUCUGUCUGGAGGAUACAUACUGCCCUGAAGGUCUGCAUAAGCGUUUCUCCUGCUACAACAUGGGCGAUCAGGGCAUCUCAGUGGGCUGCUGGGAUACGUACCGCCACGACAUCGACUGUCAGUGGAUCGACAUCACCGAUGUCAAGCCUGGAGACUACAUAUUCCAGGUGGAAGUCAACCCCUCGUUAGACAUGGCUGAGUCAGACUUCCAGAACAACGUGAUGAGAUGUCGAUGCAAAUACGACGGACACAGAGCGUACAUGUAUGGAUGUCACGCAGGUGAUGCGUACAGUGCAGAGAUUGAGGACCUGUUUGAUCACCAAAGGCAGAUCUCCAAUAACUUUGUCUAGGCCCAUCCAGGGCCCAGCGUUGGCCCAGGCUGGUGCCCAGCAAAGAGGGCUCAGAGCUGGGGCCAAAACUGCUCAGGGUGCCCUGGGGUCUGGACGUCUGGUGGGUCAUGGGACUCCUGCCCCACAACACUAGGGGACUCACAAAAUGGCACCUGUCCACUGCCCUUACCUGCUGUGGACUACACUACCCAAAAUAAACCACAACUAGGAGACCAUCACCCUGACUAUAGCUUUCGACCCCAACAGCCAAUAGAAACUGAGAGCAGGACAGAUGUCACCAGGGAAACCAAAUUAUUUCAGUUAACAAUGGAGGGUUACAAUGAUAUGGAUUCAAUCAAGGUUUAGGUAUUUUGUUAGUUUAUGAAUGUGGACUACUAGUAACUUAGCUACUCAAAAUGUCUGUGAAUUAAUUAAUUUAAAUUAAAAGUUGAAAUUAUAAUUGUACAUCUAACAUACCAACCUGAUCAAAGAGCAUUUCGUAUGAUUAUGUAUGUAAAUCCCUGAUACUCCUUUUAGUAUGAUAUGUUACAUUUUGUAUGGUAUGUAUCAAUUUGAGGAUGUCCAUCACCCAUAUCAUAUUAUAUGUUAUGAAUUUUCUAAAUUCAAAACAGGUUACGAAUUUACAAAACACAUGAUAUUUAAUGAAUUCUAUUAAAGUGGCUAGCUGGCUAAUGUUAGCUAGCUGGCUAACGUCAGCUAGCUGGCUAAUGUUGGCUCGGCUAGGGCUUAGGGUUAGGGUUAUGUUUAGGAGUUAGGUUAAAGGUUUAAGGUUAGGGUUAGGGGAAGGGUUAGCUAAAAGGCUUAAGGUUAGGGUUAGGGGAAGGGUUAGCUAAAAGGUUUAAGGUUAGGGUUAGGGGAAGGGUUAUCUAACAUGCUAAGUAGUAGCAAAGUAGCUAUAAGGUAGUAAGUAGUUAAAAAGUUGCUAAUUAGCUAAAAUAGUAAAGUUGACCGUGAUGAAAUUCAAACUCGCAAAAUUUGGGUUGCUAGACGUUUGCGUUAAUUGCCUACUGAUCCACCCUAACAAACCACCCAUACGCCCACCCGUCCACCCCAACCAACCAUCCUACUUUCCUUUUUGCCUUAAGUAACCAUCUGUCUUAUGUAACCAUACCAAACGUAACAUAUCAUACUAAUUUGAAUGUCCCGGAUUUAGGUUUACUAUGUUACGUCUAGUCUGUGAAAACAGGCUGAAGAUAUGGAUGAUCCCGUAUGCCAACGUCCCUGGAAAGGGGAAAGAAUGACUGUAAAGAGUCCUGUGUUGUCUGUUUGACUGAUGGUCUGUCUAGACAGCGUCUCCUACAAUAUCUGUCUAGACAGCGUCUCCUACAAUAUCUGUCUAGACAGCGUCUCCUACAAUAUCGGUGCUGUUUGAUCAAAUCUCAACCUUCCAGUAGACUUUAGCGGUCUGCAGUUUUUUGGUCCAUAGUUGGGUAUGAACGUUUAUCUUAGUUUUUACUAUUGAAUUAGUUGUUUUACUUUGUGCAGGUAUUGCCAUAUUCUGAAAAUAAUUAUGAUAUACUGUAGCUACAGUAGAUCUGAUACAUCAAAACAAAUAUCGUUUAUUUAGUUAACAUUUCUCUCUUCUUCGGUUUUAAAAUUACUAUACCAUGAGGUCAAAUCAUUUUCAUAGGAUGAUGCACUUUAUCUAUUGAACUAAUAUCAGUAUUUAGAAUUUUGACCAAGUCCCCCCUCCAUAGUUUAAUAUGAUCAGUCAUAAAGUGCACGGUUACCAUAUUAGGACAGCCUAGUCCUUCUGUGACUGAGGCUGUCCUAAUAUGUACUCCGUAAUGUUUGCUUUUGUGACGUUAUCUCUUUAUACCUGCCAUGAAAAUGUUACUUUUGAUGCAGUUUACUGUCUGAUUUGCUGUAGUAACUGAAUUUCAAUGCCUUUGGUGCUCAUUUUGUCAUAACAUGUAAUGUAUCGUAUAUACUGCAGUUAAUUUAUUCAAGGCUACCAUUUGCAAUACUUUUUAUAUUGAUUAAACAUAUAAAACAAACACAUUUCCCCAUUACAGUAAGUCAUUAGCUAGGGUAUGCACUAGAAAAAAAGGUCUACCAAGAACCACGGUUUAUUUGACUGUUCCUGUAGCUUGGUUAACCAUUUUUGGUUCCAGAUAUAACUCUGUUUUGUUUUGAAAAUAUUUUCUUACUGUUUAACUUCAAAGGGUUGAGAUGAACCUUUCACAAAAUGUCCGGCAGAGAAAGCUUUGUGCCAUCCACCCAAGUGCAGUUCUCCACCCUUCUGGCCUUCCCAGUGUGGUGAACUCACGGUUCUGCGGCAGCCAGACAGGCAGUGUAUGAAAAAAACUUUAAUUAGCUGUGUUUGGGUUAGAGUUAGGGUAAGCAUGGGACGUACACAGAGAAACACAGCAACUGUGAGCUCUGCUGUCACCAGCUAUAGGCAUGGGUGGGAAAGACACACGAGAGAGAGAGAGAGAGAAAGAGAAAGAGAGGGUAGGGGUAGAGAGAAAGAUAUGGAGAACAAUGCCUUCACAUUGGCCGGGAGAAAGAAAAAGAGAAAUAGAAAGAGGAUAAGCCUUGACGUGGGCAACACAUCCACCCUGUAUGCCACCCCUGCAGGGCUGGCAUACUGAGACCGCAGGGUUGGCAUACUGAGACCGCAGGGCUGGCAUACUGAGACCGCAGGGCUGGCAUACUGAGACCGCAGGGCUGGCAUACUGAGACCGCAGG